AUGACCGUUUCUACUGCUACUGCUACUGCUACUGAAGUUGAGGCCCGCGGGUACAGCGCGCUCGUGGAGUCCCUGACGCCCGAGACGAUCCUGGAGGAGUUCCCCACGGAUGUGAUUCCGUUGGCACAGAGACCCAACUCGAAGGCCAGUGAUGUGUCCACGCUGUUGGCACAGCCUGGUGCCGCCACGGAGUUCAGGGGGCUCGAUGAGGAGCAAGUGCGGUUGAUGGCGGAGAACUGCAUUGUCGUUGACUGGGAUGAUACCGUUGUUGGUGCAGGGACGAAACGUGCUUGUCACCGCAUGGAGAACAUCGCGAAGGGGUUGCUGCACCGUGCGUUCUCCUGCUUCUUGUUUAACAGCAGAGGCGAGUUGCUGUUGCAGAGACGUGCUAGCGAGAAGAUCACUUUCCCCAUGCUUUGGACCAACACUUGUUGUUCUCACCCACUUUGUGUUGAGGAUGAGAUGGACGGUGUUGAGGGGGCACAGACUGCGUGUGUGAGGAAACUGGAACACGAAUUGGGGAUACCACCACAGGAGGUCGCCACGCGUGGGUCGUUCCAUUUCCUAAACAGAAUCCACUACAUGGCCCCCUGUGGGGGUGACGACAACCCUUGGGGGGAACACGAGAUUGACUAUAUCUUCGUGUACAAAGUCCGCGAGGGUCAGGAACUCACCGUGAACGCGAACGUCAACGAGGUGGAGGAGUACAAGUGGAUCGGCCUGUCCGAGUUCAAAGCCAUGCUGGCGGACACGGAAAACCAACACUUCACACCUUGGUUCAAGAUCAUUUGUAAACACUACUUGUUCAAGUGGUGGGGUGCAUUGGACAACAUCGAACAGUUCGAGAACGACAGCAACGUUUAUAGAAUGCUGUGA